UCCGAUCAAAAGAGCUCGACAGACCCAGACACGCCAACAGCUCAGCCUUCGUGGUGACCACUUUUUUUGUUCACCAGUCCACACCAGUCCCCCGGUCUGCCCGUAGGAUAAAUCCUAGUACCAUCACCCACAGCCAUGUGACACACACCAACAGAUUGUUUGCAUCCGCUUCCUCUGCCAUUGCAAAAGCGAUGAACGAUGAAGAGGAGAGCGAGGAGAUCUCAGAUGCCACCCUCGAACGCAACGACACCAUGGAGAUGGAAGAGGAUGGAGAUGAGGUCUCGGUGUCCUCGAAAUCCUCGAAAUCCUCGGAGGUCUCGGAGGUGGAGCAAAGUUCUCUGGCCAUGAUCUCGAGAUAUCAGGUGGUCCAAGACCACAGUUUCGACGAGAUCCAACUUCCCACGGCCACGGCCGAACAGAUCCGGCUGUGUUGGGCCGCCUUUUUCGCCAAGAUGCCCAGCCGCGAAGCGGCCGGCGAGGCGAUCUACGAUGUUCUUAUGGAAGAAGCCCCAGGCGUCGCAGCGCUCUUUAAGUCCGCUCGCUCGGUCUUCGGCCUCCGCUUCAUCGAGGGCUUAAACAGCCUGGUCGUGGAGAUCAACGAGCCAGCCGCUCUCAAGAAGCAGGUCGAGACCCUGGGAUAUCAGCACUUGGAUUACGACGUGACCACCGCCCGUGUGGAGCUCGUCCGGGAUGGGAUCCUGCAGGUCAUGGAGCAGGAGAUGGGAGCGCAAUUUACCAGUUUCUACCGUGACUCCUUCUCCGCUCUCCUGAACUACGUGGGAGGAGCCUUCAUGUACAUUAAGAGAGAGCUGGCUGGCCACAUCAAGAUCAUCCAAAGGAGUUGGCGUUUGGCUCGGAAGGUGAUGGAAGAAGAAGCUGUCCACCAGCAAGAAGAGCCAGAUUCUCCCCUCUCUGUGCCGCAGGUGCCGUCGGCGCCGUCGGAGGCGGCCACAGAUGAGAAGGUGAAGGCGAAGGAGGCCAAGGAAGAGACCGAGGAGGAGAAGGGCGCCAAGGAUAAAAAUAGCUUGCAGGUCCCGACGAGUUUCGAGGGCAUGUUCCUUUUCAAUGCCGCCGUCAUGGGUUAUGGCGAGUCCUCCUGGAUGAAGAUCGUCUUGGACCACUUGGACGCCAUCGCAGUCAAUGUGGCCAACACCAGCCGACUGCAGGAAGAAUGCUUUGUUCUCACGAUCCAUUUGUCCAAGGUGAAGGAUUCGGUAAACCUGCCAGAGUUCAAGGCAGUGAUGCUCGCAGCUUUGCGUUCCAUCGUGCCUGAUGAAUGGAACAUGGAUCACGAGAUGGCCUGGAACUGGCUCUGGGAGAGCGUGGAGCGGAUCAUCUCGUCCACCAUCUCCUUCCCACGGGCCUAUGAGAAGACGAUCCGGACCUUCCUCUUCGAGCAGAGUGAGGCGAACAUGAAUCAGCUGCGGGCACAAACCUAUUCCUGCUUCUUCCAGCGCUGCCCCUCUGGGCAGGACCACUUCAAGCAGUCCACCACGCGGCUCUAUUUCAUCCUGGACCGGAACUAUGAGAUGGUCCUGGAGAUUUUCGAGAACCCAGCGAAGGUGGUCGAGGACUUAUCGGCCCUCGGCCUGCGACAUGUGGGCUUCGGAGUUCCUGUGGAGUUCUUCCCACCCUUUGUCGCUUCCGCCGUCGAAGCCCUGAACACCCUCACCACGGACGAGGCCAUUUCCCAAGCCUUCACGUGGAGCGAAACGUUGAUUUCCAAGAUCUUGAUGAGGGUCAUCCUGGAGGGCUCCACGAUCGUGAUGAAGGCGAUUAACCUCAACGAAGAGGCAGCCCUUCGAAAAGCCAUUUCAGUGGCGCCUCGGGGGCAGCGCGCGCAGCAGCUGCUGAACAUUACGGCUGGGACGCAGUCCUUCUCGCCGCUCUUUUGGGCGAUCGACAGUGGGUCCUUGAACUCGGCCAAGGCCAUCAUCCAGGACUUGUUGACCAUCCGUGCGGAUCGAGAGGUCUACUACUAUGGUUGUGAGGAACUCUUUCGCCGACACCCGAACAUCAUCAAGCGCCUCUGUACGAGUGCUCCGACGCUCUUGGAAACGCUCCUGGACGGCUUGAUCUGGCGUUCCCGGGUGACCAGCGAAGGCCUGCGACGAGUGAACUACUACAUCAAGCACUUGAUCCAGGAUGAGGAGGGCAACUUUGCACCUGCCAUGGACGAUGUCGUCCAACAUGCCGACCCCAAGAUUGCAAGCCACCCGUGCAUGAUCUUGGCCACGGACAUGGUUUGGUUCAAGUUUGCCACCUUCUAUUUCUUGCUGAGCCGCGGCUAUUUCCUGUUCACCUUGCUGGUCUUCGCCUCGGGGCAGACCAUCCUUGUGAGACACCAGGAGAUGGAGACACAGGAGGAACGCUACGUCAUGCUGGGUUGUCGCCUCUUCUUGUACAUGGUCGUCAUGCCAGCCAUGUUAGCGAACUUUGUCAUGCUGUGCAUGCGGGACGUGCACUCGCGGCACAUGAGCCGACUCUGCGGACUGCCCAUCCCAGCGAGCCUGAAGGAGUUCGACAAGGCCUUGCGAUUGUGCCUGCUUUGGGUGAUGGUGUUCUUGUCUUGCACGGAGCCGAUGUUGUGGUGCAUGAACAGCGGCUCGCAAGAGUUGGCCUUUUUGACCGACUGCCCCGAGAUUUCCACAGAGAUGAAAACCAUCUAUGGUAUCCUUUCGGCCUUCGGCAUGCUGCUCUUCUGGCUGUUGUUGUCGGAUUUUAGUGUCUUCUCCACCCGGAUCAGUGCCUUUUUGCUCGUUUGCAGCCAUGUGAUCUCCGAGGUGGGCCUUUUCAUGAUGGCGUUGGCUGUGCUGCUGAUUGCAUUUGCCACGAGCGUGAAUGCUCUGAAUCACCACUUGGAGGACUUUGAUGGAGUCCACGUGUGGCUCCGGGCGCUCUUUCAGAUCGUCUUGGGCAUGUUCCCCGUGAGCAACUACGACCGCUUCCAGGAUGAGGCAGCCGUCAUGGCCUUCGUCUCGGUCUUCAUCAUCUUGGUCUUCAUUUUCCUCUUGAACUUGUUGGUGGCUCAGCUGAACCAGUCCUAUCACCUCAAGUUCUGUGACAUGAAGGGCAACGCCCGGCUCCGUCGUGCAAGGGUCAUUUGCUCGGUCAUGGCGAGCUCGGCUCCUGCGAAGCACUGGCGACGUUUCUUGGACUCCUUGGGCUUCGAGCAGCGCUUGGAGUUCAACGAAGGCGACAUCGGCAUUGCAGGAGGUCUCCAAGUCUUGGAGCCUGCGAGCGCCAUCACGGUGACCUUCGACGCGGUGAAGCGCUACGGCGGCUCCACGGCGCCCACCAUGCCGUGGCCUCCCGAGGUGGAGGUGGCCGAUAUGGAACAAGACCGCUAUGAGCGCCUCGAAAAGCUCCUUCUCAAGGGCAUCCACAGGCAUGGGAAGUCUCAUGGCAAGAAGAACAGCAUGUUGGGAAGCAGCAGCUUGAUGAGCGACGACAUCAGCGACUCCAACAACGGCAGCCAUUGAAGCCGAAGUCUCAAACAGGCCGACGACGGUGCGGUGUCCGCGCGCCACACCCAUGACGCAGAGGGAAUCGGUGCCGACCCUCCGACCCUCCGACAGUCGGAGAAGUCAGUGGAACAGUCAUGCCCAAACGCAUCCAAGUCUCGCGUGCUUUGGGGUUGGGGGCAAUAGGAUUGGUUGGUGUUGGUGUG